GGCUGUUGUUAAACAGUUUCUUACCGUAAGAGGGAGUUUAGUCCUAGAUCUUUCCAGUUAAUCACACAACAAACUUAGCUCAUCGCAAUAAAAGCAGCUCAGAACCGACCGGCUUGCAACAGGAUUCUUUCAGCCCGGCAUCUCCUGCAGAGGGAUCAGCCUGCUCGAACUGCAAGCAUGAUGUGGGGGACCAAACUUCUGCCGGUCCUGUUGCUGCAGCAUGUCCUGCUGCACCUCCUCCUGCUUCCUGUCACCAUCCCCUAUGCAGAAGGACAGAAGAAGAGAAGAAAUACACUUCAUGAAUUCAAAAAGUCAGCAAAAACUACUCUUACCAAGGAAGACCCAUUAGUGAAGAUUAAAACCAAAAAAGUGAACUCUGCAGAUGAGUGUGCCAACAGGUGCAUCAGAAACAAGGGCUUUCAAUUCACUUGCAAGGCCUUUGUUUUUGAUAAGUCGAGAAAACGAUGCUACUGGUAUCCUUUCAAUAGUAUGUCAAGUGGAGUGAAAAAAGGGUUUGGCCAUGAAUUUGACCUCUAUGAAAACAAAGACUAUAUUAGAAAUUGCAUCAUUGGUAAAGGAGGCAGCUAUAAGGGGACAGUAUCCAUCACUAAGAGUGGCAUCAAGUGCCAGCCUUGGAAUUCCAUGAUCCCCCAUGAACACAGCUAUCGCGGUAAAGACCUACAGGAAAACUACUGUCGAAAUCCUCGAGGGGAAGAAGGGGGACCCUGGUGUUUCACAAGCAAUCCAGAGGUACGCUACGAAGUCUGUGACAUUCCUCAGUGUUCAGAAGUUGAAUGCAUGACCUGCAACGGUGAAAGCUACAGAGGUCCCAUGGAUCACACAGAAUCAGGCAAGACAUGUCAGCGCUGGGAUCAGCAGACACCACACCGGCACAAAUUCUUGCCGGAAAGAUAUCCCGACAAGGGCUUUGAUGAUAAUUAUUGCCGCAAUCCUGAUGGCAAGCCGAGGCCAUGGUGCUACACUCUUGACCCUGACACCCCUUGGGAGUAUUGUGCAAUUAAAAUGUGCGCUCACAGUGCUGUGAAUGAGACUGAUGUUCCCAUGGAAACAACUGAAUGUAUAAAAGGCCAAGGAGAAGGUUACAGGGGAACCACCAAUACCAUUUGGAAUGGAAUUCCGUGUCAGCGUUGGGAUUCUCAGUACCCCCACAAGCAUGACAUCACUCCCGAGAACUUCAAAUGCAAGGACCUUAGAGAAAAUUAUUGCCGCAAUCCGGAUGGAGCUGAAUCACCAUGGUGUUUUACCACUGAUCCAAACAUCCGAGUUGGCUACUGCUCUCAAAUUCCCAAAUGUGACGUGUCAAGUGGACAAGAUUGUUAUCGUGGCAAUGGGAAAAACUACAUGGGCAACUUAUCCAAAACAAGGUCUGGACUCACAUGUUCCAUGUGGGACAAGAAUAUGGAGGAUUUACACCGUCAUAUCUUCUGGGAGCCAGAUGCUAGCAAGCUGACUAAGAAUUACUGCCGGAAUCCCGAUGAUGAUGCCCACGGACCUUGGUGCUACACAGGGAAUCCUCUCGUUCCUUGGGAUUAUUGCCCUAUUUCCCGUUGUGAAGGAGAUACUACACCUACAAUUGUCAAUUUGGACCAUCCUGUAAUAUCCUGUGCCAAAACAAAACAACUGCGAGUUGUAAAUGGCAUUCCAACACAAACAACAGUAGGGUGGAUGGUUAGUUUGAAAUACAGGAAUAAACACAUCUGUGGGGGAUCAUUAAUAAAGGAAAGUUGGGUUCUUACUGCAAGGCAAUGUUUUCCAGCUAGAAACAAAGACUUGAAAGACUAUGAAGCUUGGCUUGGAAUCCAUGAUGUCCAUGAGAGAGGCGAGGAGAAACGCAAACAGAUCUUAAACAUUUCCCAGCUGGUCUACGGACCUGAAGGCUCAGAUUUGGUUUUACUGAAGCUUGCUCGCCCUGCAAUCCUGGAUAACUUUGUCAGUACAAUUGAUUUACCUAGUUAUGGCUGUACAAUCCCUGAAAAGACUACUUGCAGUAUUUACGGCUGGGGCUACACUGGAUUGAUCAACGCGGAUGGUUUAUUACGAGUAGCUCAUCUGUAUAUUAUGGGGAAUGAGAAAUGCAGUCAGCACCAUCAAGGCAAGGUGACUUUGAAUGAGUCUGAAUUAUGUGCUGGGGCUGAAAAGAUUGGAUCAGGACCAUGUGAGGGAGAUUAUGGUGGCCCACUCAUUUGUGAACAACACAAAAUGAGAAUGGUUCUUGGUGUCAUUGUUCCUGGUCGUGGAUGUGCCAUCCCAAAUCGUCCUGGUAUUUUUGUUCGAGUAGCAUAUUACGCAAAAUGGAUACACAAAGUAAUUUUGACAUACAAGUUGUAAUAGCCAUAGAAGAGGCCAGUGUAUUUGAAGCAUCCAUGGAUACAGGAAGAUUUCCAAGACUUCAGGAUUAAAAUGUCACCUAAAACAAUCCUAAAACAACUACUUGAGUGUUGUGAGUGUUCAGAUACUCAUUAAUAUAUGUGGGCGUUUUCUGUUGUAUUGUUUGUCAGUGUCCUUUUGUAAAUGUUGAAGUGAGGUAGGGUACCUGCAAAUGCAGUAACAUAUCUCCUGAAGAUACUUGAAUGGAUUUUAAAAAAAUACAAAAUUAGAGUUGCUAGAUGCUAAAAGUUUUAAAGAAAAAAGGUUAAUUAAUCAUUCUAUGCUGCUUUCCAGGUUAAUAUCUUAACGAUGAAUAAAUCAUAAGUUAAACAUUAUUUUAAAUCCACCAAAACAGUUUAUACCUUGUGGUUUUAAAUUGUAACUCUGUAUUAAAUUAUAUUACAUUUCAUAUGCCAUAUGUUAUAGCUCAUUCAUUUUUUACAACAUGUAUCUUCCAAAUACUGGCACAUGAACAUCCACUUAGAAAAGCACGUGCCCAUAUCACAUGGCUGGGCACACAUGCAGCAUAUAUUUUAGUUUAAACCAUGAUGUAUCUAGUAUAAUCUCUAAUAUUUUGGAUGUAUGUAUCUAUAUUUGUCCUAAAAUUUAAAUGUUUUGAAAGAUCAGUGGGAAUAUUCAGGAAAGGUACAAGAUAUAUACAAGCAUAUAUGUAUAUGAUAUAUGUAUAUGAUAUAUGAUCGCCACUGGACAGUGUUUAAUGUGAGGACAGGAUCCAUAGGAUAAAAUGACUAGCCUUGAUGUUUAUUUAUAUUUAUUAUCCUAGUUAUUUUGUGUGCUUCCUAAUUCCUAAAAAGCAAAACAUAAUGUAUAUAUUUGUAUUAUUUCUUUCCUCUAAAUUUGGGGUACUUAUUUAUGCAGGAUAUUGGUAGAUCAGUCUUCUUAAAACAUCUAUUCAGUUCUCAAGUGCAUCUUAAGGAAGAGAUUCAAGAGCGUGUCUGUCUCUAAGAAUGUAUUUAUAUGGGUUACUUUUAAAACUUGCUGCUAUGAUUGGCUUCUAGCUCAUUUUACUUAAAUUUUAAAAAAUUAUCAUAAAAUGGUCAUGACUGCAAUGCUUUGUGAAUAUCCCUUCAUUAAAACUGCUUAGAAAUGUUUUGGAAAAAAAAUGCAAAACCAUUCUCAAUCUAAAAACUGUUUCUGAAAAAUCAGGUAUGUUAUAAAGACAUUUCAUAUUAUCUCAUUCCUUUUAACAAAGUUUUUUCCCAAUAAUAUGGAAUAUUCAUUUAAAUUUUAUAACCUGUAUGAUAAUAUUCGAAUUUUAGAUAUUUUUCUACUUGCCAUGAUUUCUACUAGCUAAGCAUUGUGCAUUUAUCCAAAAGUAACAUAUUAAAACAUAACAGGACACCUUC